UGCCAUAUGCCUGAGAUAUUUCUACGGUGUCGUACAUUUUGACAUGGCACGAGUAAUAGGCAUGAAAGAAAGAAAGUAGUGUAUAAGUACAUCCCUGGGACCAACCAUGUGCCUUCGACCAAAGCGAGUCAGAGUCCUUGAAUUACCAAUGUUAUAAUGUGGUCGAGUGGUGCAAUCCUUCUGGGUAUAAACGCGGCGUUGGCACUGUGUGGUAGUUAUUCAGCGACAUGUGAGCAAGCGAAGCUGACUCAAAACGGGGUAUUGUCAGCAAAUUGCUAUUCAAGUAGCAGUGACACAUGGAAGUCAAGUGAAUUAUCCUUAAAUUAUUGCUACGAGAACAAGGGAGAAUUGAUGGUUGAGCAGAAUACAGUAUCUUGCACAAUUAGCAUGCCUACCCCAGAGUCUCCAAAUUCUUUCCCAAUCCCUAGCCUUAUUACACUAGCCUGUAUACGGUUAGACGGGCAUAUUAGUGCUCUUCGAACUAAUGGACACGUUUUGUAAUUUUGAUGACCUUACUUCUUAACCUUACAGUAAUACACGUAAGAGGAAUACCGCAAUCUAGAAGCUUCCGUGUCCAGGCAACGC